AUGGAUGUAGUUCCGGUAGAGGAGAGUAGGCGAACAUCCCUUGUAGGGGGCGUCUCUAUCUACUGUGACCCAGAAACCUACCCGACGGAUCAGCACCUGCGUGAUUUGCCGCAAUACAUCUCCGUUGGGGUGGGUAUCCAUCCACGUCAUGCGCGUUAUAGCGUUGUUCGGGUUAAUCAGGCAGUGGGAAGGUUCCAGAACCUGUUAGCGAAUCCUCGCGUGGCGGUUUUUGGGAAGGUUGGACUUGAUCACUCAGAGCCCAUGAAGUACUGGGCAUAUCAAGUCGAGAUGUUGGAGAAGAUGUUACCGUUCUUGGAAGAUAGACAUGUGCUAGUGAUUCACUGCCGUGGAAUGGAGGGGGAUAGCGGUACAGAAGCGUUUCUCUUGCUCCUCCAUGUCCUGAAGAGGUAUGUGCGGACGCAUCAUCCGAUACAUCUGCAUUGCUUCACUGGCAACAGGUAUGUCCAGGAUCGGUGGCUAGAGGGGUUCCCACGGACAUACUUUGGGUUCACCAACAAGGUUAGUACAUUCUCUCCGGACCAGAUCGCGGCUCUACAAAAUGUCGAAGAUAGUCGCCUUCUCCUGGAGACGGAUGCUCCUUAUUUUCCAGCACCUGGAUCCAGAGUAUCGUCACCCAGCCAGAUAUCCACAGUGGCCGAGGCGGUGGCAGCACUUCGAGGAACUACUGUGGAACAUGUGUUGGAAAUCUCCGUGGCCAAUGGGAAACAUCUGUACCAGUCCCAGUAG